AUGCAAAAGGAGAGGUACACGGAUACGUCGAUCAAAUUGUCAACCUUCUACAUGAAGUGCGUCGGCUUAUGGAUAGCGGAAAAUCACACGGAGGAACAUCAAAGGAAAGUGGCUAUAUUUUACACCAUUUGGAUUACUUUGUUUUCUUUGGUCGUUGAGUGCAGAGAGUUCUAUUUCUCUUGGGGAGAUCUUAAUUCUAUACUUUACGUGAGUUGCAACAUUCUAAGCUGUUGCCUAACUGUGUUCAAAUUAUACGUUAUACUAGCGCACAAAUUAGAGUUCAUUAAUUUAAUUGUGUACAUGCGCGAUCAUUUUUGGAAUGGUAAAUACGAUCUUCAGGAGAAAGUGAUUCUAGCUGAGUGCAGAAAAAUUUGCACAUUUUUCACUAUUUCUGUCACUUUCAUCGGUGAAUGUGCAGUUGUCGCUUAUGUUGUGACGGCAGUCGUAUCGAAUAUAGGGAAGAAUGAAUCGGACAGGAUACUAAUAUUUAAUAUGUGGUCAAGAUCACUGUCAAUAACGCCUUACUACGAGAGCAUGUUUUUUCUUCAGAUGUUAAGUUUGUAUCACAUCGGAGUGUGUUACUUUUGUUUUGACAAUCUGUUUUGUAUUUUAAGCGUACACGUAGCUAGUCAGUUUCGUAUACUUCAAUAUAGAUUCGAAAAAUUGUGCGCUACGGAUCAAGAAAGAAACGAGAUAUUGACUUCCGCACAUUGUACUACAGAAUUUUACGAGAAAUUUAAAAGUUGCAUAAGACAACACCAAGUGCUCAUUAACUAUUGCAAGUUGCUUGAAAAAGUGUACACGGUAAUGGUCCUUGGACAAGUGUUGAUCUUCAGUGUACUGAUAUGUUUGUUUGGAUACCAAAUAUUAUUGGCGGAUGCUCCCAUUACAAGACGUACCAUUUUCAUAUGCCUCAUUUUUGGCAGCACGUCUUUACUGUUUAUGUUCACUUAUAGUUGCCACGGUUUAAUCGAGCAAAGUGACAAAGUUGCUGUGGCAGCGUACUCGGCGAUGUGGACCAUUUUGCCGAUGACGAAAUUUGGUAAAAUGCUUCGAAAUGAUUUGUUAAUGGUCAUACAGAGAUCCAGACGAGUCUGUUGUAUGACUGCAUGCGGAUUCUUUCCAGUAUCAUUAGAAACUUUCACAACGAUUCUAAGUACUGCGGCAUCGUAUUUUACAUUACUAAGAAACAAUGCAGAUAAUACAUAAAAAACAUUCUUCGGAUAUUCAAGUAGU